CCCCACUCCCCCCCUCCUCCCCCAAAUCCGGUUUCCCAAUCCCGCCGCCGCCCGCCGCCCCCGGCCUCCCGCCCGGAACCCCCAAAUCCGCGCAGCCAUGGCUCCGCGGAAGCGCGCGGCCGCGGCUGCGGCCUCGAAGAAGCCGCCCUCGCAGCCGUCGCAGCCGCCCGCCAAGUUCGGCAUCCUCCACUUCUUUGAGCGCCACCAGUCCCAGGCCGCCUCCCAGAACCCCAAGCGCCAGAAGCCCGUGGCGAACCCCGAUCCCAUGCCGCCCCCGCCCCCGCCCCCGCCGCCCGAGGAGGAGCUGUCCGAGGUCUCGCCGGAGGUCACCAAGACCCUCGCGCCCAAGCGGGUCAAGUUUUCCCCCGGGAUGCUGAUAAAGCAGAGCCAGGACGAUGGCGGCGGGGAGGUCGUGACCUGGAAGAUCUCGCCGGUGAACGAUCGUCUGCGCACCAGGCAGUUGCCAGGGAUGGCGCUUCAUCCGUGCUCAAACAACGAGAAACAUUCCUCGCUCGAGGCUAUGAAGAAGUGGCAUUCGUCUCCGUUGGGCUUGUCGAGGUGUACUGCUUCAGCACGCAAUCUGAGUGUGUGUGGUAUAGGCCCAGGUGGCGGUGAUGGUAUGGAAGACCAGAGCCCAUUCCGGACGCCACCAUCACUGCCCUAUAGCUUCACCGAGCCGUUGAAUGCUGGUAUCACUUGUGAUGGAGGACCUGACCAGUUGGAAGCAGGGCAGCACAAAAAGGCACUAUUGGAUCUUCUAGAUCAAGUUGAAGAUGCCAUUACGGAAGAAGAAUUGCCAGUUCAUGCUGGGAAUAAAGGAGGUCAAGUCACAGGUGGUGAUAGCACGGACAGCAAAUGUUCUCCUAUUGCUAGCAGUCUAAAUGUUGAAUCCAACAAGCCUCGUGAAGCCCCAUCUUUCGAUAGUUUCCUUGUGUUGGAGGUGUCAGAAAAACACAAAGGUGAUAGUUCAUGCGAUCGCUAUCCUGCUAAGGUUCUGCGUCUCCUGAAUGAGCAUUGUGGGAAAGAGUAUUCAGUGCAUCUGUGCGACGAGUGGUUCCAUAGCACUGUCGUCCCAGGCGACACAGUAAGUGUAAUUGGAGAAUUCAGUGACCAAGGAAAAUGCACUGUUGAUCAUGAUAGCAAUCUUGUUAUUGUCCAUCCAGAAUUACUCAUCUCUGGAACGCGGGUUGCUUCAAGUUUCCAUUGUCCAAGGAGAUCUGUUCUCGAUGAAAGAUUAAAAAGCAAUGAAUAUUCCACAAGCGCUUUGAUGGGUACUCUGCUUCAUCAAGUAUUUCAGGCUGGGCUACUUGAGGAUGUUCCUUCAAGGCAGUUUUUGGAACAACAAGCAAAAGAAGUUCUUUUGAACAACCUCGAGAGUCUGUAUGCAUGUGGAGCCAGUGAAAGGAGCACACAUUCAAUUCUUAUUGAAGCAAUCCCUAAAAUGUUGAAUUGGUACAAAUCCUUCAUGAAGGGUUCAAAAAGCGCCAACGUGGAUUUUGGACAUACUGAAGGACGGAAAACUGUUGAAGUGAUUGAGAUGAUGGAUAUUGAGGAGAUGGCAUGGGCCCCAAGGUACGGUUUAAAAGGGAUUAUCGAUGCUUCUGUCAUAUCAAGGGUAAAUUCAUGCAGCGGUGAUUCAUACGACAAAGUAAUGCCACUGGAGUUCAAAACUGGUAAAAGCACUAGUGGCCAGUCAGCUAUGGAACACUCUGCGCAGGUGAUAUUAUACACGCUAUUGAUGUCAGAGAGAUACUUGAAUAAUGACAUUGAUAUGGGUCUUCUGUAUUAUCUCCACACAGACCAGACAUUGGGUAUCAAAGUUAAGAGGUCCGAUUUAAUUGGGCUAAUGAUGCGACGGAACGAGCUUGCCUCUGAGAUUCUGAAGGCAUCAAUUUCACAGAGUUUUCCUGCAAUGCUACAGAGUCCAUCCUCAUGUACUGGAUGCCGACACCUGACUUCAUGCACCAUAUAUCACAAGGUACAUGGAGGAAAUACAGCAACUAGUGGGCUUGGUGAUCUAUUUGAUAACCUGGUGAAUCACUUAUCAGUUGCCCAUCAUAACUUUCUUAAACAUUGGGAUAGAUUGAUUGAUCUUGAAGCUAGAACUUCUCAGGUCAAGAAAAAGGAAAUUUUACUUCCUCUUCAUUACAAUUCUGGGAGCAAGAGUUCUGUGCCAUCCUUUUACGUCCUUGAUAUGAAAAAUGAACACUCAGUAGAUUCAUCUGGAAAAAGCAAAAGAUACAUAUAUAAUUUUGUGCGUGAGAAGAUGCAGCCUGAAGCAGCUGGUCAUUCAGAACCACAAGCUGAGAGCCUAGAUUUCAACCUCAAAUGUGGUGAUUGUGUGGUGCUUAGCACUCAAUCUGGGAGGAUAGCAGUUGCAAAUGGAUCUAUAAGGGACAUUAGCCGUUCCCAUAUAACGGUCUCUUUGUCACGUCGUCUGAGACUUCCAGGUAGUAGCUCCUUGCUAGAGCAAGGAGACCUCCAACGCGAACUUUGGCGGAUAGACAAGGAUGAGUUUAGCUCUUCAUUUGCAACCAUGCGAUUCAACCUUGUCCAACUGUUUUCUCAGAAGCCGCAAAACACUAAACUACGGAAGUUGGUAGUUGAUCUUGAGGCUCCCAGGUUUGAUAGUGGAGGAUUGUUCAGCCAAGACCCGGCAUUAUCAUACAUACAAUCACUAACGAGUUUGAACAAUGACCAACAGAGAUCACUGCAUAAAAUUCUAGCAGCAAAAGAUUAUGCUCUUAUUCUAGGAAUGCCUGGAACAGGCAAAACAUAUACAAUGGUGCAUGCUGUGAAGUCCUUAUUGAUGAGAGGAGAAUCUAUUUUGCUAACUUCAUAUACUAAUUCAGCUAUUGAUAAUUUGCUUAUGAAGUUGAAGGCCGAGGGUGUAGAUUUUAUUCGAAUCGGGAGGCAUGAAGCUGUACACCCUGAUGUCAGAGCCAAUUGCUUAUCAACAACAGAGGUACAGUCAGUAGAUGCAAUCAAAACAAGAAUGGAGCAAGUGCAAGUUGUUGGAGUUACUUGUUUGGGAGUAUACCAUCCCUUACUAGCACAUAAGAAGUUCGACACAUGUAUCAUGGAUGAAGCUGGACAAAUCACAUUACCGGUUUCACUGGGACCUCUGAUGCUUGCAACGAAGUUUGUGCUAGUAGGAGAUCAUUAUCAACUUCCUCCACUUGUUCAGAGCUUUGAAGCUCGAGAGAGUGGGAUGGGCAUUAGCUUAUUUUGGAGGUUGUCAGAGGCACAUCCUCAAGCAAUUUCAGCACUAAGGUGCCAGUACCGAAUGUCAUCUGGUAUUAUGGAGCUCUCAAAUUCAUUGAUUUAUGGCAAUAGGUUAUGUUGUGGUUCGUUAGAAAUCGCAAAUGCGAAACUCAAGUUUUCUGGCAAACAACAGGCUCACUUCAAGUUCAAGGAGAUUUUGAAUCCCGAUAGGGCUGUUAUCUUUGCGAACACAGAUCAAGUACCGGCACUUGAGGCCAAGGAACAUAGAACCGUGAACAAUCCUACAGAAGCAUACAUUGUUUCAUGGAUAACGAAACAAUUGCUAAAGAGAGGUGUAGCUCAAGACGAGAUUGGUAUAAUAACCCCAUAUAAUGCCCAAGUGAAUCUCAUUCGGCAGCAGGUUGAUCCUUUGGUUGAGGUUCAUACAAUUGACAAAUACCAGGGGAGGGAUAAAGAUUGUAUUAUCGUAUCAUUUGUACGAUCCAGUGGGAACUCAAGGGCUAGUGGUUCUUCUUUGCUUGGCGAUUGGCACAGGAUCAAUGUUGUCUUGACACGUGCGAAGAAGAAGCUCAUCAUGGUUGGGUCUGCUGGAACUCUUUCGACGAUCCCAUUGCUGAGGCUUCUCCUAGAGAAGGUAGCUGAGGGCGGCGGGCAAUUAGACCUGACAAAUAAGGAUGUACAGUCUAUUCCAGAGCUCCGGAAUUCCCAAUUGAAUGUGCAAUAGUAGGUCGUGCGGUAGAUAAACUUUUGAGUUUUGAGGCCAAAGCCGUAUAUAUGCUGUAUAUAUUUGCUUUGGCGUGUAGAAGCCAGACCAUGUCACUCUGGUUCCCGUGUAGAAGAUGGUAGUAGCAGUAGUUUUUUGUGCAUGUAACUGAUAAAGUCGUCAAGCGCAGGAUGUAAAUUUUUAGCAGCAACCUGUCCAUUGCGCAUUUUGUGUAUCCAACUGAUGAAAUACGUCCAAAGUUUUCUACUCUUCUGAAAUGGUUAUUCAAUAUAAUUCGGUCUGAGCUGCCGAGCUUGGUGGAUCUUGC